GAUUGUCGGUGUUUUGAAGGAAACUAUAUUUGUAAGACUAGCAAAAUAUGGGAAAUGUCAGUUACUUAAUCUAAGAUAUUUAUCAUUUAUUUGUUUGAAAUAAUUAAGUUAAACUCAAAUUAUGCUGAGAUCAAUUUCUACACUGAUCAAGAGGGGACAGCAGUUUAAGUCGACAGUCCCAGGUCUAGCAAGUGUCACUGCUACAGGCAGAUAUGUGCAAUGCAGACAGUUCAUGAAAAUGCUGGAUUCUAUUUUGAAUCUCUUAGAUUCCAAGAGGUUGGAUGUGGUAGGCCCAGACCGGCUGUGUGCUGAGUGGAUCCUCAAGACAGGAGGGCGGGUCAGGUGGGCGGGGUCAGAUACGUGGCUGCAGGACUUCAACUUCCUGCCUCCAGAGGACUUUGAGGUCAAGCUGCAGGACGUAGAUGCCACUGAAUGUGCAAUCAUGAUCAGGGGGUUCGAACAUUUUAAGAACUGUAAGCACAUCCGGUCGAUGAAGUUCCAUGGCUGUAAAUACCUGACCGAUGACUGCCUGGCCAUGCUCUGGGAACUGAACGAUAGUCUCCGUCAACUGCAGGUCAGCGGCAACAAGAGCAUCUCCGACAAGGGAAUCCUAUACCUCACUGGAUUGACAAACUUGACUGCACUUCACCUGAAGGACCUGCCUGGGGUCAAGAACAAGCCUUUCUGUUAUGGGGAGCUGAAAAAGCAGCUCCCAAAAUGUGACAUUGUGUAUAUGGAUGUUGUGCAGUGAUACGAAAUUCAGCAAGUGACAAGAAUUGUCAAGAGAAAUCUGACUUUUAAUGUAUUCUUCAUGUAUAACAUGAUUUUAUGUUAGAUUGUCCUUUUUAAAAGGGAUCUUGUUUUAUUUUCAGCAAUGGUUUACCCAUAAUUAUAUUAUAAGUCAUUAUGGAUUGUUUAAUUUUACAUUUUGAAGGUUCCAUUUUCACUAAGCUUCAAAGCAUAUUUUUCUCAUAAACCAUUAACAAAUGUUGGUAUUAAGUUUAUUGCCAGUUAAUAUCAUCUCAAGUUGAUUCCCUGGAGGGAGUACUAUGUGUAAUACAAAUGUGUGAUUUUGUUGCAGAUUUAAAUGUAAUCAUAUUGUGAUUAAGGUGAACUGAAAAACUGGGAAAAUAACAAAGUGAAAGUAUUGUUGUGAAGCAAACAGUUUAUUUAUUGCUUUACUUGUACUAUGGUCAAAUAAAUAUGAAGUCGGUAAA